ACAAAGAUUAAGUUAUAUAUUUUCGUUAGGUGAAUGAUGUCCUCAAUUAUCCAUUCCACGUUGACGUCGAACUCUUGGCUUACAAGAGAAAUACAGAACAGUACCGUCCCGAAAAGACCAAGAACAAACUUCUCAAAUCCUCCAUCAGGUUUGAUUCUUAUUAAUUAAUUUACGACACUUAAUUAUAUACAUUCAUUCAUCCAUCCAUCGUCGUUCAAUCAUCACAGACUAGUUGCCGUAUGUUGAAUUGUAGCUGUGCGGCCUUCGGGGACGAAGCUCUGCAGAAACUAGCAGUAGAAGACUUCAACUCUCGUCAAUCAUUGCACCGCCAAGAGCUAGAACAACUUAUAUUGUGGCUUAAAGACAAGGAACUGUACGAGAUGAAGUUGGCCAAGGUGAAAACAGGCUACUGUCACUUUCAAGCUUCAGCAACUUUCUCCGACCCUAACCACUCGGAUGCCCGCAUCUUGUUGUCCAAACACGCCCUCAUUAUUUCUCUAGUGGAUGACUUAUUCGACAUUAAUGGAACUCCGGAGGAGUGUUUGAACCUUGUCCAUCUCUUGGAGAGGUGGGAUGUGGAGGGGCCAAAGGUGAAGUUGUGCUCAAAGCUAGUCGAAACGCUAUACCGGGCAAUUCACAGCACCAUAUGUGAGACGGUGGAGAAAGCCUUCCCGCUACAAGAGCGUAAUGUUAUGGACCACGUCGUUGAGCUUUGGGUGGAGAUGCUGAGAGGAAUGUUGAAAGAAGCAGAAUGGGCUAGGAUGAACUUGGUCCCAACACUUGAUGAGUACAUGGAGAAUUCACCCAUUACGCUCGGUGUAGGAGCUUUCCUGCUCCCAGCCAUGUACCUAGCCGGGCAUAAGCUAGAAGACGACGUCGUUCGAGGCCCACAAUUUCAAGGGCUGUUCAUGCUCCACACCACCAUCGGUCGUUUACUGAACGACGUUGUAGGCUUCGAGAGAGAAGCUGAGCAAGGAAAAGUGAAUGCAGUGUCGCUACGGGUGACGGAGAGAGGAAUGGGCACAGAAGAAGCGGUGGAAGAUGUCGAAAACGUGAUCAAAUCGUUGACGCGAGACAUGUGUUCUUCAUUCCUGAUGAUGAUGCUGCUCUGCGCUUUUGUGGACUGA